AUGAGUGUUCAGACAGUUUCGUUGAAGCCCUUCACUGACCAGAAGCCUGGAACGUCAGGCCUUCGGAAGAAGGUUACUGUCUUCCAACAACCCCAUUACAGCGAGGCUUUCGUCACCAGUAUCCUCCUCUCAAUCCCCGAGGGCGUAGAAGGCAGCUUCCUCGUCAUUGGGGGGGGAUGGAAGAUUUUACAACCCAGAGGUGGUUCAAUUGAUUGCUAA